ACUCACAUUGUUCCAAUACAGUAGGUCCACGUACUUCCAUGGGCUGGAGACCUAACAUGUAUAAACUGCCCACUGACCGGAUCUGCUAUUUAACAGGUGUAGCACCAAGUGCAGCUGUGUCGUUUUUAGACAGAUCUAGCCCGGGACUAUGCGCUCAAUCUGGGGUUUAAUUGCCUUGGUGGCCGCGGCUACUUUUUACUUGUAUCUGCUGUCUGCGUUCCUGCCGCCGGGUCCGCGUGCCGUCCGGGUUCACGACGCGGAAGCUGAACACACUGCCGAUGAACCGGAGGAGGAAGAACUCAGGUUGAAGUUCCCGUCUGAUCUGGACGAGUUGAGGGAACUAGCCGAGCUGUUGCAGUUCUAUAAGACAGAACACACUGGCUAUGUGUUCUUCCUCUUUUGCAGUGCCUACCUCUACAAGCAGUCCUUCGCCAUUCCAGGCUCGUCCUUUUUGGUGGAAAAGAACAGGAGUAGUUUGUUCUUCUUCUUGCUCUUUCUGCGGUUCUUUCCCAUGACGCCAAACUGGUUUCUGAAUGUCACCUCUCCAAUCCUCAACAUCCCCAUCCCCAUAUUCUUUUUCUCCAUCCUCAUUGGUCUAAUCCCUUAUAAUUUUAUCUGUGUCCGUACGGGUGCCAUCUUGUCUGAGAUCCACUCUUUGGAUGACAUCUUUUCGUGGGGCACCGUGCUGCAGCUCCUGUUGAUCGCCUGUGUGUCUCUACUUCCCGGAGCUCUGAUCCGCCACUGCAGCCAGGCCCACCUCAAACUUGAUGGCCUGGAGGCCAAUGGACACCGAAAGGUCCUGAAUGAUCGCAAGACUAGAUGACCCAAAGACAGACAGAAGAGGAGACUGCAGUCUGUUAAUAUGGGACUGAUCAUUGGUCUGGAGUCACAGCUGAGGAUUUGCUUAUGAAUGUCUGAAUGCAGAGUGGAACUGACAUGGACAGAAAUACAAUUAUUGAAUGUCUAUAAUGAUGAUAAAGCACAAAAGAACAGACUAUUAAUGUCUUAAAAGAGAACACACUUAGAUUGCUGACAUGUUACAUACAGUGGGUAUAGAAAAGAAUCACCCCCUUUAAAAUAAUCACAUUUUGUUG